AAAUUGACGUACGAUUUACGCAUUUGUGGACAAGCAAUUAUUAAUUUAGACGGAUUCGGACUCGGACUUAAAUCUUCAAUAGUUAUUCAAACGAAUUAAAAGGAAAGUGUGAUUGGAUCAGACAAUUACAAAGAAUAUAAUCAUUAUUACGCUAACCACAAUUUGUUGCCUUAGCUAUUGGACAUAGUGACGUUUUUGAUUUCUUUUUCUUCAUUUUAAAGGAUUAUUAAAUUAAAAUGGAGUUUGUGAAAAAGGAAGAUAGCAUCUUAGUUAUUUGGAAUAACAGUGAACAAAAUGACAUUGCUAACUUUGUGAACGAAAUUAAAAGCAUAGCUACAGAAGGAAAUGUUUUUCUGGAAAACUCCACAAUGAUCAAUGACUCAUCUAGACCUAAAUCUUCAUUUGAUGCUGUUCUAUGCAAUCUUAUUCCACCACAUUCCGUUGAGCACAGUGAUAAUUUAUUAGCUAUAAUAAUAAAGAUUCUUAAGCCAAGUGGUAGAUUAAUUGUCAAAGACAACACAGAUCUGUCCAGUACUUUAAAACUCAAUGGUUUUGUUAAUGUAACCAAAAGUGCUGGCAAUACAUACAUUGCUGAAAAACCUAAAUUUGAGGUGGGUUCAAAAGUGUCAUUAAAACUGGGACAAAAGCCUGCAGUAUGGAAGUUAGAUGACACAGUAGAGGAGGCAUGGACAGGGGGUAAUGAUGAUGACAUCAUUGAUGAUGAUCAACUUCUAGAUGAGGAUGACUUGAAGAAGCCAGACAAACAAUCUCUUAGGGUUUGCGCUACGACGGGCAAGCGUAAGGCAUGUGCGGAUUGCAGCUGUGGAUUAGCGGAGGAGCUGCGAGGUGAAACUAAAGACACGCCUAAAUCUUCAUGUGGAAGCUGUUACCUUGGCGAUGCAUUCCGUUGUGCGACCUGUCCGUACCUUGGCAUGCCGGCCUUUAAGCCCGGAGAGAAAGUGUUGCUGGACCUAAAGUCUGAUAUAUGAACUACUUUGCUAAAUGUUUAGUUCAUUGCUUCCUUAGAAUCUAUUGUAAACCAAGAUGGUUUGGAACUUUAUUUUAAUAG